GCCGUCGCCUGUCAAAAAAAAAAAAGAAAAAGAAAAAAGACCAAUUCAGGGGAUGGAGACUAGUUUGUUGGAGCCCAGAAGCUCGGAAGCCCCUGGUUCCAGGUUUUGAAGAUUCAAGAUGAAGAUUUGAUGACGAGAACAGAGCGCCAGAUACCAAUUAGCACACACCCUGCAUGCCUAAACGACCUACUGGAUGUCAGAGAUAGCCCAGAUAGGAAAGGGAAAAGAAACUGUAGAGGUCUUGGCUCCUAUUUUCUGCAUGACCAGAUGUCUCGAUGUACUCUUUAAAGUAGAUCUGGUUUUGAGUGAUGACACUUGGUUACAAUAAAGUUGCUGUAUUCCCCCGUGUCUCGCUCGUCCACUCGUUGCUUAAAGACACCAUUGCAGAACAAAAGAGCCUCAUCUAUCGACAUCAUCAGAACCACUCAAGAACUUAAAAGAGCCCGGUUGCUUCAAGCGAGCGCAAAUCUCCGCCUGUUGACCAAGAAUUCCAACCCUUGGACCUUCCGGUGAUACCGGCCAGGGAAGAGAAGAAAAAGAAAAAGGAAACACGAUCAACGUUAUAAAGGUCAAGGGGGGUUGCAAAGCCUUCUUUUACACUCCUUCAUCAGGCUUCUCCUGGUUUGCUCAAGUACGCCGAGCAACCGUCGACUUAUUAGAGGGUCAACCGUCCAAUAGUGUUACGACAACUAGUCGCAAACUCGGCAGCCCUACUGAUAACCCGUCCAUCUCUAGCAAAAGUCUCCUCCAAGAUUUUAUGAGAUUCAAUUCCUUCCCAACUGAAAACAUCCACAUGCUGAGCAAGGCGAGCUGAGAGAACGCAAAGUCACUUUCGCCUAAGGUAGGGGCUCUCCUCCACUUAGGCUGCAGUUCAGCACUGAGGAUGCUGGCUUCCAGGGCUUCCAGCAGCCCAUCAUCCACUAAGCCCCCUGUCAACCUCUCCCCAGCCCCCUUCCGCAGCCGUCAUUGGCCCACCGUCAGCGAAUUUCCCCUGGUUGACGUUCAGUUCCUUUAUUGCUUCUUUUCUUGCUCUCUCUCUCCUUUGCCUGUCAACGACUCGAGCAAUUCUCUUGCCCGCUGCCGCUCGACAAUCCAUCACUACGAGAUCGAGGCCGAUACCGUACACAACGACGAUUUCACAAACGCCACUGUCUUCAGUCCUCCAUUUUCUCUUAGCGCUCCCGAUUUGAGUCUAGCAACAGCUGCAACGUGCAGUUGUCGCAUUCCUUCGUUCUCUUUCUCUGCGUUUGUCUUCCGCCAACACCGGCUCCGUGCACAGGCAAUUAGCGCCCAGCCGAACUCUCCAGGACGUAGCCAACAAGUCGACGACGGCUUCGGUCUCAAUCUCGACCUCGAUCUCCACCUCACUCACGUCAGCGUGAGAAGGACCUCGCCAUUUCUAGCGAGCGCGGUCGUCCAGGCGGCCGUGCCGACAAUCUGUUUCCAACGGAUCCCCAACUUUCCCGACCUUUUCCCUCCAACCCCAUACCGGCCGCCGUAGAUGCACACGGCAACCCUCUAAUACUGAGCCUCGAACCCCCAAGGUCCGCCUAUCCCGGAACCGGCUCAUCUUCUGGACAAGCCGCCGUUGCUGCUGCCGCCUCGAAUAUCCAGCGCCAGCCAGCUCGACCCUUUGACGGUUACCAAGCAACAGCCUUGCAUCCUUCGCCAUUUCGACCACAAAAGGCUGCUGGAGUUGUUAAUCGUCCUCGUCGGUUAUCAGCUGUCCGUCUCUGGAAUCCUACAAAUUCGACACCUCGGCCUCAUACCAAGCCCGAAUCGUCGCGUAAACGUCGUCCCUCGACCCCUCCACCACCAUCCAUUCCUCUUAAGCACCCGACAUUCGAUACCCGAGCACCGCCCGAUCCCAUAGGUACUGGACCCAGCGAUUAUCCUCUUCUUACGCUUUCCGAACAACAUCAGAUAAGGCAUUCUUUGACGCCUCGCGCAAGCCUUCAGGUUGAUAGGGCCGGCAGCAGUGACAGGCGCAUAAGCCUACCGAAUUCUGUGCGCGCUUCUUACGACGAGAAAGGGUCUCGCAGGGGUGCAGUGUCCGCCGAAGAACCACGCCUUAGCAGGGACCUGUUUGCUCAGGAGACCGUGGUGGAAGAUCCAAUUGUCAAGAUUGACAAGGGCAAAGGGAAGGCUGUGAUGAUGCCAGAGACCGACGAUCCUAUGCCGUCUUAUGGCAAGGAUCUGGAGCGUGGUCCUGACAUCAUGGACCCGCGGAUUUCUAACGUCUCGGCUGGCGACGGAAUAGGAUCUGCUCUGUCGACGACAAAUUCUUCUAUUAUGGGUGAAGAUGUUGAGCCCGAUGCAGCUGGUGAAUGGGGUCCUCAGCACCCUUGCUAUCCUCACCUCAACCCUCAUGUUCCCGUCGACUCACCUGAAUAUGUCAACACGCGCAUCAUUCGAAUACGCCGCGACUGGUUGAUCAAGGGCGAUUUGGCACCGACAUUUUCCAACCUAUACCCAGAGAUCCUGGAUCCUGCUGGUCUAUCCGAGCAAGAAUUCCGCCGAAUUAUCGAGAAGCUUAACGGCGAGUUGAUUCUUACGUUCGACCCUUACGGCUUGCGGAACAUAAUUGAUGCUCUCCUUGGACUCGUCACUGGUUGGAUUUGGGAUGACGUUGGCCUCACUGGAAUCAAGUCUCGACUGAAUAGUCUCGAAAAGUGGAUUGAGCAAUGGAAUCUUGAGAUGGAAAAAACGAUUGGCACUGAAGAUGGUGCUAUUCCACCCAAGAUCUUGCCUCUGCGGCAAACGGGCUACAUGACUCUCGAUAUCCAGAUUCCUGAUCCAGAGAUUGCACCAGCUCCCAGCACCACGAACCCCAAUGAUUCCAGAACAGCCUUACCUUUGGAGCCUCCAUCCGCUGUUGUUUGAACAGAUAAACUGUCACUUUGUGACGCCUUUCUUCGACCGAUUGACAGACCGACACUUCGUCAAUUCCCUUUGAACUUACUUUCUUUAAUUCCUUGACGACGAACGAGACAGCUCCUUUGAUGAACAGGACGUCUCUUAACGAGUUGCAACAAGCAGUCUAUACCCUCAGACUUGCGAGAUGUUAUUCCCUUUUAUCCAUCUUGAUACCACAACACAUCGCGCGGCGUUUUUUUCUUUUUUUCGGAUUUGUUUGUCUUACAUGAGAAGCCAGCUACUCAUUUCUAAGGACUGGUUUUAGUGUUUCCAUACUCAUCUUGGAGAGAUGAUAGGUAGAAAAGUUGAGGCGAUGCUGCCCAGACAAACCUGGAUCAGGUCCAGGACCUACCUCUUGCUUGGCAUGACUAGCUCUAGAGAUGAAGAUGAGAGUGUUGUCUGCUUGGGAGGCAAUUAUUUUAAUUCGCGUAAUUGUAUCAUCAUGUACUUUGAUAUGAUAUAUCUGUCUAAUGCUAUGUAACCCCUAAUUGCUUCCUACUUGUUUUAUCGGUUGAUGGUGUAAGUAACCUCGGAUAUCCGUUUCGGCCCG